AGAGCAAAGUCCAGCGAACCACUUCCCGCCAUGUCUUGUCUUUCUCUCAAACCGCUAUCCAUUUCACCAUUCAUCUCCUACAACCCACAAAACAUCAAACCCUUAAAAUCCCAACACAACAUCAUUCCACCCUGUAGUAAAUCACAGCAGUACCAAACUGAAAGGGCCCACAAAUUCGAUGUCGGCGACACUUUCUUCCGCAGCGAAAGCGCCACUGCCCGGGACCUGGGAGUUCUCUCCGCCGCCGUCUACCGGAACACCACCGGGAGCCUCCGUGUUCUCGACGCCAUGUGUGGCUGUGGUAUUCGUUCUCUUCGCUACUUAGAAGAGGCCCAGGCUGAUUUCGUUGUGGCUAAUGAUGCAAAUGACAAUUACAAGGACCUUAUUUUGGCAAAUCUGUCUCAGUCCAACCUGCCCAUUGGACACCCCUAUUCUCAGGUCUCAAGUGGUUCUGGAGAAGGGAAAAGAUGGGAGGUUAAUCAUUUGCCUGCUACUAGGUUAUUGGCUGAGUGUUAUGUGCGAAAGGACUACUUUGACCUUAUUGAUGUGGAUUCUUUUGGUAGCGGUUCAAGUUACUUGAGAGUUGCUUUGGAUGCUAUGAAAUUGGGGGGCUUGCUAUAUAUUACUUCCACUGAUGGACUUUCUUCUGGUGGUCAUAGGCCUCACCAGUCUUUAGCUGCCUAUGGAGCAUAUGUUCGGCCUUUGCCAUACUCCAAUGAGAUAGGUCUCCGGAUGCUUAUAGGCGGGGCAGUUAGAGAGGCUUCAGUGCUUGGUUAUCAUAUUGUUCCACUUUUCUCAUACUACUCAUAUCAUGGGCCCGUGUUUAGAGUGAUGCUACAAGUCAAGCGUGGAAAGUCUCCUUCUAACAGGUAUUAUAGUUUUAUCAGCUAUUGCAAUCGAUGUGGGAACACUCGAGCAUUUUCCUGGAAUGAACUUGGUGAGAUCAGCUGCCCUUGUAGUACAAAUGUUUCACGUUCACUUGUGGUUUCAGGACCCCUCUGGACUGGACCUCUUCACAAUGCUCCCCAUAUAACAGAAAUGAAGAGUUUGGCUGAUCGGUGGGGAUGGCUUGGUGAUGGUGAAGGGAAAAAUCUUGAAAAACUAUUGAAACAAAUGAUUGACGAGAGUGACCCCAAAUUGCCAGUUGGAUACCUCAAUGCAGAUGAGAUCGCAAGUCGUGCUAAACUUAAUUUGCCUCCUCUAAGUGCGAUAAUGAACCGCCUGCAUGAGGAAGGUUAUGUUGUUAGCAGAUCACAUAUUGCCCCAAAUGCGAUUAAGACAAACUGCCCCAUGGUUGAAUGUGUUGAGAUUGUAAAGCAACUCCAACAGCCUGCUGAAAUGAAUUCGCUCCAUUAAAGUUCAUGGCUGCUGCAGUACAUCGAUGAAGAGGAUUGUCAAUACUGUUGUAGAAGGCUUUAAAUCAGUUCUCCAAAAUGAAGAACCACAAAAAUUCAGUAGUUGCUAUUACAAGUUUUGCACGCACUUGCGUCCACUGAAGAGCAAUUCAGAAAUUUUGAAGGUUGCUCAUCCAAUCCCAGUUUUAGUUUAACUAGGCAGAGCUUCGCUAAUCUUAGCUUAUCAUGCUUUUGACGCCGGCUUGGGUUUUGGUGUAUGCAGAAAUCUGCGGCAACACUUUCUAGUUGAUAGGUGAGAACAAAUUUUGUUCUCUUGUUGAAAAACAAAUUAUUGAGUAUUGGAAUGACACCGACACAGGUGAAGCGAAAUGAACAUGGACGUUUCAUAUAGCCAUCCCAACAAUGUUGAGAUCAAGAUGCAUUGUUGCUCAUUGAACAAAAUGAUAGUUGCCUGGAGAUCCAUCACUCUAUUAACCUAGCUGCAUCGUCACUAAGCCAUGAUGAACAGAUCAUUAACAUACUUGGAGAUUAUAUGCAGAUUCAUGCAUGUCCUUUACUGAUUA